CAGCAGCUGAAUUCCGCCGUUUUAAGUAGUAUAAAAGCGGCGACUUAGCACAAAUCAGCAUCCAGUUCGGUGUCUGGAACCGCCACAGUUGCGCACACGUGGUUUCGCUUCGAAGGAGCAGCAGCAGCAGCAGUCGCUGAGUCGCAAUGAAGUUGUUUAUCUGUCUGUCGGCCCUUUUGCUGGUUUCGGCCAACGCCGAAUCAGAGCAGAAGAAGUCGGAGGCGACCGAGGGCGGUAAGUCGGCGGUCCCGUUGGAGAAGAAGCUGGACAAACGUGGUCUGCUCAGUCUGGGCUACGGGUACGGCAUCAAUGGGCUCGAUGUGGGCUACAUCGGUGGUGGACAUCACGGCGGAGCGUACCAUGACGCCCACAGCCACCAUUACGGCAGUCACGGAGUGUACCUCGGUGGACACACGGAUGUCACCAAGACGGUCACACUGGUAAAGGGAAUUCCGGUGCCGUACACCGUGGAGAAACACAUUCCAUACACCGUCGAGAAGCAUGUCCCAUACCCCGUGAAGGUGCCCGUUCCUCAGCCCUACGAGGUGGUCAAGCAUGUCCCAGUCCAUGUCAAGGAGUACGUCAAGGUGCCAGUCCAUGUGCCGGCCCCAUACCCCGUUGAGAAGAAGGUCCCCUACCCGGUCCAUGUUCCGGUCGAUCGUCCUUACCCCGUCAAGGUGCUGGUUCCGCAGCCUUACGAAGUUACCAAGCAUGUCCCAUACCCGGUGAAGGUACCGGUACCGCAGCCCUACGAAGUGACCAAGCAUGUGCCGGUACCGGUGAAGGUGGAGGUCCCCGUCCCAGUGCCGUACACCGUGGAGAAGAAGGUCCCGGUCCCCGUGAAGGUUCCGGUCGAUCGUCCUUAUCCAGUCCAUGUGCCAGCACCGUAUCCGGUUGAGGUUGAGAAACCGGUCCCGUACACCGUCGAGAAGCCUGUCCCGUACCCAGUGAAGGUCCCAGUCGAUCGUCCCUAUCCGGUGCAUGUUGAGAAGCCGGUUCCGUACCCGGUGAAGGUGCCCGUCCCACAGCCCUACUACGUCGAGAAGCACGUUCCGUACACCGUGGAGAAGCCAGUGCCGUACCCGGUCAAGGUUCCGAUCGAUCGCCCAUACCCGGUGCACGUUGAGAAGCACAUUCCGGUCGAGAAGCAUGUGCCGGUACCGGUGAAGGUGCCAGUUGCCGUGCCGGUUCCGGUGCACGAUCAUCACCACCACCAUCAUGAUGUGAGCUAUACUAGCUUCAGCGGUUACGGUCACGACUACAGCUAUCACCAUUAAGGAAAUAGAGAAAGCGAGAGAGAGAGCAUCUAGAUCUAGAACUCUUUCUAUACACCAAGAGAGAGAGAGAUCAAGAGGGCAAGGGAUAGAGGACACAACCAAUCGGGAUACUAACGAACCACUAAGCACCUGCCACGGAGCACACUCCUCUGUCUUGACCACUCGAGAACGACCGAGAGCCAGAGCCAUCUCGAUCCUUUAAUAGCUAUCGACCUCAUCAUCGAGCACCAGUACACCAAUCGUCCUCUUCUUCCUUCUCACCCCUCACCACAUCUCACAUACUCCCCACUCACUCACUCAUCGCUCAUCGAGCCGGAGUUUGGUUUGAUGAGGAACGGAAAACGGAACAAGAUCAGGUCUGAUCAAUUAUAGCGCCGACGAUUGUGAUAAUGUGAUCGUGAUUCGCAACGCACUGCCCGCCCCCCACCCACCAUCCAACCACACUGCCUGUCUUUUCCUUCUUCUUCUUCUUCUCCUCUUUCCAUCAUGCAUUACUACGAUUAGUACAUGGGAGUAUCAGCCACACCACCACCACCACGAUGGAGGCGCCCAAAUGUCCGUGCGUCACUUUAGCGACACUUUUUUUAGACACUUUAGCGUCGCACAACCGUCGCGUCGAGCAGCAAGUUGUUUUUGACAUUUUUGUAGAGCAAAAUUGCAAACAAAAGCAAACUAAAGAGGAAAUUCGGAAACUGGAAUUGAGAUGAGAGAGAUCUAAUCGCUCGAACGCACGCACGCACGGACGCACAGACCACCAGGUGUCCGGUGGUUGGUGACUUCCGGCUGAGAAGCAGAAGCAGAGAAGAGAAGGUUCGCACUCGAAAGGGCAUGAUGUAUAUUGUGUGUCUGUCUGUUUUUUUUUUUUAUUAUAUAUUACGUGUAAAUAAGAUGCGAAAAUAAACGA